AUGGUGAUGCACAUACUAUUUGAGACGCUAACUGGGUUCGCCCUUUUUAAACUAUUAGAUGAAGGAAAGCUGGAUAAUGUCGAGGAUUUGGGUAAGGAGUUCUCAUCUGCAGCGUCAGCCCAAAAGGUUUCUCAUAAAACCUUGGUGUUAGUACAGAUGGUCAAGCUAAUAGCUUUUCACAAGUUUGAAAACAUUCCUGAAGCUCUUGAAAUAGUGGCUAAUUUGCUGGAGGGAGCUCCUAGCGAAGUUCUCCUCGAAUUUCUAGAAUCUAAUUGUAAAUGUGAAGCCUUAGCUGUGGCUGAUUCGGAGCUUGGAAGUAUCAUCAAGGAGAAGCUGAAAAUAGAGUGUGUUCACAACAAUGCUGUUAUGGAGCUGUUACGUGGUGUGAGAAGCCAGCUUACCGAACUGAUUCCUGAUCAUCAAGACUUAGGUCCAAUGAAUCUGGUGUUGUCUCGCAGCCUUGCUAGAGAUAAGCUCAAGCUUAAGUCGGACGACAAGAGGGUUCGUGAAUGUUAUGGUUUGCAUUUUCCCGAGCUUGCUAACAUCAUUAAGGACAAUAUCUUAUAUGCCAAGUCUGUAAAAUUAAUUGGAGAUCGGAUUAAUGCCGUAACCCUAGAUUUCUCUGAGAUUUUGGCUCAUGAAGUUGAAGCUGAACUAAAAGAGACUGUUGGGAUAUCUAAGGGAACUGAAGUCAGUGACCUUGAUUUGAUGCACAUCCGGAAACUCUGCGACCAGGUUCUUUCUCUUGCUGAGUACAGAGCUCAGCUUUAUGACUACCUGAAGAGCAGAAUGAACACAAUUGCACCAAACCUAAGUGCUGUGGUCGGCGAGCUAGUCGGUGCUCGCCUGAUUUCUCAUGGUGGUGGUUUAUUGAACCUAGCAAAGCAACCUGGGAGCACUGUUCAGACUAUCGGCGCUGAAAAGUCCUUGUUUAGAGCCCUCAAGACCCAACAGGCUACUCCAAAGUACGGUCUAAUAUACCACACAUCCUUGGUCAGCGAAGCUGAACCCAAGCACAAGGGUAAAAUCGCACGGUCACUAGCUGCAAAAGCUGCUCUCGCUAUCCGGUGUGAUGCUUUUGGUGAUGGCCUAGACAACACUAUGGGAGUGCAAAGCCGUUUAAAGCUUGAAGCACACUUGAGAAACCUCCAAGGAAAAGAGUUAGGAAGUCUCUCUGGCUCAGCUAAAGGAAAACCAAAGAUUGAAGUUUCUGAUAAGGAUAAAAAGAUGGGAUCGAGAGGUUUAGUUAUCUAA